AACGCAGGGGAGAUCAGCACCCCGGACAGCGGCGGCCGGUCAGUAAUAAAGCAGCCGGAGCUCCUUCCCUGCCCAGCUGCUGGGAGGUCGGGAGAGCCUCAUCACCCACCGGAGACGGAUGGAUGACCAGGGAAAAACAACGAUUUGUUUACGGCAUGACAGUCAGGGAUUUUUCUUCUUCUUCUUCUUUUUCUCCUCCCCAUUCCGGAAGUAGCUGCUGCGUCGGUUCAAUCUCCAAGCCGACCAUUUCGAGGAGGAAAAUCAGCGCCAGCAGUAUCAUCACCACCAUCUAUCUGAUCCAAUAAUCAAUGCCAUUACUGCCGUGUAAUUGCUCUCGGAUGCGAAGACAUCUCCGCGCGUCUUCCCGUUUUUUCCUCCCCACGUCUCCGAUGGGAAAAAUCGCAGGGUGCCUUCAUUAUUCCGCCUCUCUGUGACAUUUUCAGCGUACCGUGUUUUGGCUCGCGACGAAAUGCUGAUGGACAUCGAGCGAAGACGGGAAACAUGGGGGCUUUCGGGUGUUUUUGUGCUGCCGUGUUCCCAGCUGUAGUCUCCUGAAAAUGCAAAUGAAAAGGGAUUGUGUGCCGAUCUCGACGUGGAUUGCCGGGACGAAUGGCGCGGAUUGUUCGUGGAUCAAGCAGAGGCUUCACAAACAGGAGAUGAAAUAGCGAGAAGGGAGGGAAAAGAUGAUCUGACGGACGCUACAGUGAGGAACAAUAAAGAAAAUAAAUAACAGACCUGUCGCCUAUCACACCAGAAUCAAACCUCCCAUUUCAUCUCCCGCACCUCCUUUAUUUUUUUCUUUUUGGAUUAUGAUUCUUGACAAGAGUCCCAGAUGUGACUGUGUGGAUGGCAUGUCGUUGUAUUUUACAUCCCAUCUCCUGUUUCCUGGCUCCGUGUCGCUCGCUCUUCCCCUCGUCCACUCUCUCGCAGUCUUCUGCUUUGGGUAGCAAAACAUGUAGGCUGCUUUUUUUUGUUGUUGUUGUUGUUUUGUUUUGUUUUUCUUUUUGCUGCAAGCCCCAGUGCAUCUGAAACAGAAAAAGCAAGGUGUCUUUGAGAGCAGCGCUGAAGAGAAAAUGGACCGUGGAAAUGAAAAACGAGGGUUUUUUUGGGGUGCGGUGUGGAGGAAGCAUCUACACGGCGUUUGCUGAGUUGUUUGAGUAAUGAAUAUUGAAAGAGUGUGUCGGCCAGCUGAAAGGGAAAAUCUUUCAUCCGCAUUGGCUUAGACACACAUGCCAUCAGUGGGGCGAGAGCCUUUAUUUCUCUGGAUUUCCAAUGAAUAAGGUCGUUGUAGUGUUACUGGAAAUACUACAAUAAAAAUGAACGCAUCUGGUGUAUGAAUCAUAAUCAUAAUAAUAACAAUAAUUAUUAUUAUUAUUAUAAUAAGAGAAAGGGAGGAUAAAAGACAAAAACACUUUAUUUAUUUCAGUCUGACGGAUUCUGUGUGUAGCCAAACAUGUUCAAGUAUCGGAUCCGCAUGUUUUUUAAUGAAUUGAAAGUCCUGGUGUUUAUGCGAUCCGAUUCGAGACAGUCCGGCUCAGACACAGACAGACGGUCCACCACCAUGCGAGGUCUGGGGAUGGGCGGCUGCGGCUGGCCGCCUUUCGUCGACUGCCAUUCCCGGGAUGACGAGGAGGAGUACUACGGCAGCGACCCGCGGCCCCGGAGCCUGGCCUUUGAGGACAAGGAGCCCAAGCUGCAAGUGGGCCUGGACGCCGUGUCUCUGGCCAGCACCGCCAGCAGCAUGCGGACCCCCCAGUGUCGGAUCUGUUUCCAGGGUCCAGAGCAGGGGGAGCUGUUGAGCCCCUGCCGCUGUGACGGCUCAGUGCGCUGCACUCAUCAGCCCUGCCUCAUCCGCUGGAUCAGCGAGAGGGGCUCCUGGAGCUGCGAGCUCUGCUACUUCAAGUACCAGGUCCUGGCCAUCAGCACCAAGAACCCUCUGCAGUGGCAGGCCAUCUCUCUGACGGUGAUAGAAAAGGUGCAGAUUGCAGCCAUCAUUCUGGGUUCGCUUUUCCUCAUUGCCAGCAUCUCCUGGCUCAUCUGGUCCUCCCUCAGCCCCUCGGCCAAGUGGCAGCGUCAGGACCUGCUCUUCCAGAUCUGCUACGGCAUGUACGGCUUCAUGGACAUCGUCUGCAUAGGCCUCAUCAUCCACGAGGGGUCGUCAGUGUAUCGAAUCUUUAAACGAUGGCAGGCCGUCAAUCAGCAGUGGAAAGUACUGAACUAUGAGAAAUCAAAGGACUUGGGCGACCCGGUGAGCUCGAGCAGCAAGGCGGGGGCUCGAGGCUCUCGCGGUAACACUCACGGCCUGGCCAGCAGCAGCGGCGGGCGACAGAGCAGGAGGUUAAGAACUAUUCUGAACCACCACUGUGGAUACACCAUCUUGCACAUCCUGAGCCAGCUGCGGCCCAACGACCCACGGAUCAGCGCCGCCGCCAACCGGGAGGUAGUCAUGAGGGUCACCACAGUAUGAAUCGAACUACGCCUGAUGGGAUACCUCGUCUUUGUGUCCACAUGUAAAUGAGAGGACGGACUUAUGGACCUUAUAUUAAACAGUAAAGACUCGUGCAGGCCGCCGGAGCCUGCGAGGGCCCGGGUGGGCCCAGACAGCACACGCUGGAGGAUUGAGGAUUCCUCCUCUUGUUUCAUAUGACAAAAGGAAGCCAGAUGCUUCUUUUCAAUAAUUAAAGAACUGAUGAAAACAAGAACAAAAAAAAAGCAUUAAAAGACAUCAGAUGUGACAUGUGAUGGGAGGGAGUGUAAACAGGCUUUAUAACUUAAUCCAAGAUAAUGAGACGUUUUUUCCAGUUCAAUAUCAGGAUGCACAGAGACAUUUUUCUUUGGUUUGAUCCUCUUGGUUUGAUUUGUAACUAUUCUUUUCGUUUUUUACUCGCUUUUGAUUUUGUACGGAUGUAUGAUUUUAGAGGAAAUCAUGUAACUCCAUAAAUGCCAAGCUUUUCCAGACAAUUAUGUAUAAUGAUCUUAAAAUCUCAACAAGCUAACCGAUGCUGGGAAAUAGACCGAAAACUGAAACAAACCACCGUGAGGGAAACACAGAAGAGGCGACGACUGAAUAAUAAGUCAUUACAAACAAAGAAAAAAAAGACAUAAAAAAAUACGAAAAAAAUAAAACAAUAAGAUUUCAGUGACACUUAACCUUUCUGCAAUAAAGAUACGUAUGUACAUUU